AUGACAUGGAAUGGGCCAAUAGGAGUAAUUUCACGAGACAUGGGAGCUAACACAAAACUACAAUACGUAACGUAUAAACAUGGUCCAGUUGGUUAUUUGGUUGUUUUUCGCUUCAAAUGACCACAGCGGCGCUAACUUUUUCCGGCUAACCAUCUGUUGAUUUGCGACCCUCUGUGUUUACAUGUAGCAUGCUAUCAUGCUAUCAUGCUACCAACUCGUCGGCAGUCAGACACCAUUUAUUCUUACAAUGUUUAUCAAAUGCCGCUAUGGACACCUUUUUUCUUAGUUGUCGAUCUCUGAGCUAACCAUGUUCCCAAUUUGAUGGUUAGCAAAGAGGAAGUCAUCUUGGACACUUUUUAAAAGAGUCUGCUUUGAUUUCAAGCCAGCUAUUAGAUGGACUCUGUUUUCACCAGAAGGAAGAUGUGCAAUGUGCGGCAAGAAAAUGCUUGUCUGAACAUGCAGGAUAUUCAGCUCAUCAGUGAUAUCGAUGAUACGCCUUAUGAAUUCCUAUCCCCCGACUCUCAGGCCUGCCUGCGAUGCUCUAGGAACGGGGCUGCUAACAGUGUGGAGGUGUUGAAUGGGCAUAUUUAUCAUCUUCAAGCAGAAGUGGAGACCAAAGGCAAAGAACUCAAGGCAGCUGAGCUGAAGGCAGAGUGUUGCCAGGAGGAGUCCGCUCACAGUGACAUCAUGGUCGUGACUCUAUCUGGGAAACUGAGCAGUCUCAGGGAGGACAUGGCCAACAAGACUGCACUGUGUAAAAGGGCAGAACAACAGAGAAACCAAGCCCUUGAAAAUGCAGAGAAACUCAAAGAAGCUUUCAAAGAGUACAAGGCCAACAUUGCCAUUAAAUUUCAAAAGGUGAUUGAGAAUGAAAGGAGGUUAAAAUCAAGUCUUAGUAAGUUGAGUGGAGAAGAAAAAGAGUUGGAACUGAAGUGUGCUUUGCUGGAGAGAGAAAAAGAAGAGCAGAGUGAAACUAUCAGCCAGCUAAAGGAGGAGGUGAGUCUAACAGAGACAUUGGCUGCUCAGCAUUCCGACCUCCAGGCCAAGCUGGAGGAGGCGGGACGACGGAGCUCUGACCUGCGGCGGCAGCUGAUAGAGCGCAGUGCCGAGUGCAGAGAGCUGGUCUCUCUGCGCAAGGAAGUGGAGGACUUGCGGACCCUGGCCAAGAACCAGGAGCAGUGUUUAGCUCAAAGCCACAGAGCGGCUCAGCAAAGUCAAGCUGAGAACGCCAGCUUGGAGGCCAUCAUAUCCCUGCUGCAUCUACGAGAGGAUGCUGUUGGACCACUGUGUGUCAGACCCUGCAUGCUGCCUCCGGCGGACUAUUCAAGAACUGUAAAUCUGCUGAAUCUUAAACCAGGUGAAGGUUACCAGCAGCUUCUACAGGUCAUACAGGUGAAGGAGGCUGAGCGCAUGAAACAAAGCAGCCUGGUUGAUCGACUGCAAGAUCGCGUGAACCGAGCCCAGGAGGAGAUUUCCUCCCUGCAGGCCCAACGGGCCUCCCACUUACAGAACAUCCAGGCAGAGAAGAUAGACAAAGCCAACCAAGCCUCGGCCGCAGAAAAAGAACUGAAAAGGAAGAGCGCUCGAGUUUCCGCGCUGGAGAAGCAGUUACAGGAGAAGACAUCAGCCUACAGUCAGGCUGCACUGAGGAAUACUGAGCUGGAGAAGCAGCUACAGGAGAAGACCAGCACCCUUCAGCAUUACCAGUCACUGCUCAGCAAAAAGCAAAAAGAGUUCCAGCAAUCUUUGGACAAGAGUAAACAAUCACAAACUCAGCAAUACACGGAACAGCAGCACAGAAUAGACAUGUUGCAGUUGUCUGUGGACAAGGCUCAUUCUCAGUUAUUGGAGAUGGAGCAGGAGCUGCGCUCUCUCCAGAGAGAGCGAGAUGAGGCGCACGCCACAGCUUUCCAGCUUCAUACCUCCAUAGAAAAGCUCACACAAGAGAAGCAGAUUGAAGUGAGGCACAAUGAAGAGUUGCUCCAGAGUUUGAACAAGCAGACAGCCGAGUCUGCUUCCAAGGUGUGUGAGCUCCAGUCGUGUUUGUCAGCCUGCAGAGAAGAGCUGACAUCGCAUCUGCAGCAGAUGGAGGUCGUCAAGAAGAGCUAUGAGGCUAAUCUGCAGAAAUCCAAAGAAAAGGUGUGUUCACUGCAGGAAAAACUUCACGGUUUGACCCGGGUUGCUGAGAGCGCCAGUGAUCAAAACCUGCAGCUUCAGCUAUCCCUGCAGCAGCUUCAGACCAUGCUGACAGAGAGCACGACCCGUAUCGCAGAACUGGAGGAGAGCCAGAGUCAGCUGCAGCGACACGUGUCCACUCUGGAGCAGCAGCAUGUGCGAGCUCGAGUGUCUCUGCAAGAUGAGAUGAGGAACAGACAAAAAGACGCUGAGGAGAAAGAUAAGGACCUGCAUGAUGUGAAGCACAAAAGUGCCAAACUGUCGGAUAUGCUCAGCCAAGUAAAAUCAGACAUGAAAAGCUGCCAAGUGGAGCUUGUGUCUAAAGAGUUAGAGCUGCAGCGUCUGCGCAGGGAUGUCGCCGUCAAGACCUCUGAGAUCAGCAACAUGGACAUGCACCUGCAGCAGACCAGGAGCCAGCUUGAAAGCAAGAGUGACUUGGCGGACGAGCUGGAGGACAGGCUCCACCACUGCGAGGCCGACAAGCAGAACUGUGUCAAGAGGGUGCAUCUCCUCGAGGGCCAGCUGCAGACGGUGCACGAGGAGUUGGCUGAGACUCUAACAGAGCUUCGGUUGCUCAAAGACGUCCUCCAGAGAACCCAAACUAAGGCUGAUGAGCGGCAAGUCGAAGUGGAAAAACUGAGCAUACGUCUUAGUGAGACCCAAAGGGAGUUGGAGGACAGAACUCAUAAGGUUUUAGACAUGGACAUUGCACUGAAGAAAGAACAGGGGGAGCUCCAGCAAAGAGCAAAUUUGCUGGACCAGCUGAACGUGGUUAUCCGAGACCACAAGCAGGAGAUGGACAGGAAGUUGGAGGCCAAAGAGAAAGAACUGAAGGAGCUCGUGGAUACAAAGGACUCCCAUCAACAGAAACUUCAGACUCUACUCCGGGAACUUGAAGAGUCUCAUUUUCAUCGUGAAGCUCUCACCACAGAAGUAGACGCCAUCAAGCUGAAGGAAAAGGACAUGGAUGUGAGGCUGCGGCGUGCAGACGAGGAGCUGGCACUGAGGGAGACGUGCUGGCAGCUGUCGGAGGCCAAGUUCCAGAAAAUGAUCACUUCUUUAGAGCAGAAGUUGGAGCUGGAACAGGACCGUCACAACAAAGAACUGGAGUCCCUGCAGCAGACCCGAGGUCAGCUCCUAAAAGUGUCCACAACCAUGCGCACCUCCCAGGAGCAGCUCACCUCCAAACUGGAGCAGUGUCAAACCCAGCUGGCGCGAACAAAUGCUGAGUUGGACCGCACCAAGACCAAGGCAAGUCAUAUCCAGAGCCAGUUAGAGCAGAGCCAGAACCUCUUCGUUCAGACUGAGUCCCAGCUGGAGGAGAGCAAGGUUUUGUACGAGCAGGUCAAAGCUGACAACUGUCGGCUUCAAGUACAGCUGGAGCAGCUUGGUGCUCAGUUAAAGCAAGCCAGGUUUCCAUCGGCUCAGCUCCAGACUCAACCUGACUCCACCUUAAAGACCUCCAAUGGGUCCUUGCUCAUCAAAGAGUCUGAGGUCACGCGUCUCCAAGCGAGAACCUUUGGUCUGCGGCGAGGAACUGGACGUAGGAAUCCAACUCAGGACUCUUCAGCGUCUCGCUCUCUUCCUUCCUCUCCAAAGACCCUUCCAGCAACCGUCCAGCCACCAUCACACGCUCACCGGGCCCCGCUCCCCUCCAACGCACAUUCACCCCAAGAUGAUCGCUGUAGCAGCGAUCUGUCCAUGGAUCUCCCUCCCAGUCUGAAGGCCGCAGUGAAGCAGGCACUGACUGAGCAGCCCUUGGAGUCGUCCUGCUCAGACACAAUAGACCACAGCUGGCAGAGCUUCGGCAGCACUGAGCCCCGGUCUAGCUCUGAGCUCUCCUUCGACCCUCUUACCUACAAGGGGGACAAAAUUAGCGCAAAUCACACCCUGGAACAGGAGGGAAACCAAGACUUCACUCCUGUUGACCCUCAGAGCUCCUUAAUGGAAACAAUGAGGUGUUUGCUUCUUCUACUUGCUUCUUUUUCUGCUGGACUUCUACUCAGCGGUAAGUCAACAUGUCCUUUGUAAUUUUUCAUUCAUUAAUUUAUUUAUUUCAGGCAAUGACAUAAAAAAAAAAGUACAAAGUUGACAACACAUAGU